AUGGCCGCCGACGUGCUGGAGGCGGCGGCGGCCGAGCUGGAGGCGGUGGAGGGCGGCGAGGUGGCGGUGGUGGCGGCGGCCGACGCUGAGCCCGCAUCGGGAGACUCCUCGGCCUCCUCUUCCUCCACUGCGGCAGUCGUCGAGAUCGAAGACCCGGAGGACUCGACGGCGCUUGAAAGCGAGCCAGAGGCGUCGAAGAGCAAGCGAACCAUCGCGUCCAUGUUGGGCUACGGGGCCUACACGCCCUACAGCGCCAACGCCCUCCCGCACGACCCCCCGCCGCACCACCAGCACCAGCGCUACCAGCAGGCCUUCCACCACGCCCAGCAACAGCAGCAGCAACCGCAGUACACCCAGCAGCAGCUGCAACAGUUGCAGCAGCAGCAGCAGCAGCAGUACCAGACGGUGCGCUACUACACGAGCAAGGCCGCGGCUGCGGCGGCCGCCGCGGCGGAGCAGGCCGCCGCCAGCGCGCCGAACGUUGCCGGCCGCCAGCCGCACUACCAGAUCCAGUACCAGUUCCAGCCGCAGUACCAGCACGUGCCACACUACUACCCGGUGGCGGCGCAGCAGCUGGUGGCCGCCGCCUCCGCCGCGCAGCCCGUCGUCUACCAGCACCCGGCCGCCGCCGCCGCCGCGCCCCACGCCGCCCCGCACGCGCUCUUCGGCGGGCAGCAGCAGCUGAUCCCGGUGAUCCUGGUGCGCGUGGCGGACCCCGCCCAACACGGCCUGGCGUCAACGGCGUUGCUGCCCGCCUCCGCCCUGGGGCUGCACCACGCCGCCGCCGCCGCCGCCGCCGCCGCCCCGGCGCCCGCCACCCUCAACCUUCAGGCGCUGUUCCUGCAGCACUACAUGCAGCAGCAGGCCCAGCAGCAGCAACAGCUGCAACACGUGCAGCAUGUGCCCGCCACCACCUACUACAUGCAGGACACGCCGCAGCUGACCCAGCAGCAGCUGAAGCAGCUGUACGCCCAACAGCAGGCAGCUGCCGCGGCCGCCGCUACAUCGUUGUCGUCCUCUUCAGCCGCUGAGGGCAAGAAGCCCAUUGCCGCCUCCGCCGCCGCUUCCUCCGCCUCCACCGCCCCUCAGAAGCCCCGAAAGUCCUCCAGCGUCUCCAUCGAGCCAGCGCACAACCUGGACAACUCGUACCAGCAGUACAAGUUCAGCAACUACAAGGACAAGAACUAAAUCGGCGGUACCGGCCGUCGUCUUCUACCCGGAAGUCAAAGUCAAAUCCGAUUUCAGAAGGCUUUGCGUAGAAGUCGCCCCAGGCGAAGUUCUUUCCAACUGAAUUCUUUGCAGGUGAAACAGAAACAAUAUCAUAAAAUAUUUUGGUUAAAAAAACAGUUCGGGGUUUCAUGCAGCAUCGUGCAAAACUGCCAGCUUUCGGAAGAUUCCACACUCAUCCAAUUUGGAUUUAACGAGGUGUGAACAAACGGAUGGUUUCUUUAAAAAAAUCCUGCAAAGAGGAUAUGAUUUUAUAAAAUGUUUGUGAAGUAUAGAAAUGGGUGAAGAACUACGAAUUUUAAAGCGUUAGUAAUGCAAGUCUUUUGAGAAAAAACUAUUUACACAUUUUCACAAGAAAUAGAACCAAUUGCAUUGGUUAAAUUGGGGCAUCUGCCUAUAAUUUAUUUUUUAAUGAAUGGAUGAACUAAAAGGGACCAACGGAAGGCAAAACCUGAGACGCCAAAAAUUAUACUUACGAAAAUGAUGCCUGAAGAAGUACCUGUCUUGAGUAAUUCAUUUCAUUGAUUAGUCAGCAUGUCAGAAUAAAAUGACAAUACUUCAUCAAGAAAUCUGUCUCUGUGCUUUACAUAAAAAUAAUUAAGAAUCAUGACAUACGUUGUCACAAAAAAAAAGAUUAGUUAAUCCAAGGAGAACUACAGGUCUUCAACAGUAUCAAAAGCUAUCUGACAGCCAUUAACCACAUCCUAAUGAAUCUCUAGCACAAAAAUACCUUUGUUCACAACUGCCAUAACACUUUAUUUUGUAGGUGAGUAAUCACCCUUUUAUUAUUUAGGAACCUUACUUCUAGCCGUCAAGUUUUUCCCUUGGAUAAACGGUGCCAUUACUUCAUCUGUCUAAUUCUAUAUUUAUUCUUUGUACAUAGUAAGCUAUUUUUCUAAUGCUGGAUUUUUGUUUUCGAAUCCAAACACAAUAUUUUUGUUAUAUCUUUUUUGUUUGAGUUUGUAUUUGUUAAGCUCUCAGUGAAUAAAUUAACUGGUGAGUUA